UUGCUGCCAAGGUGUCUAAAAGCUUGGGAGUGGGAGGUAUUAACGCUCUGACUGCGCUUUCUCUCCUGCGAAGAGUGAGAGCACAUCGUCUCGCUACAGUCGCCAAGCGAGUCGACUGUAGUCGGUGCAGGCUCUUGUGGAUUCCUGACAUAUGCAGUAGCUAGCUGAUUCGGAGCUCAUGAUUAUCGCGGAAUAGGGCGAUUUUACGUUUGAUGAUUUCAUACGUGUACUGUCUUAUCGUAAAAAAUGGAUUACAGUUCUACCUAGCCAGCGCAUCCACUCGUGUUGCUGGGCUCGGAUUUUGGGAAUCCCGGUUCUUUCUGGAAACGACCUUCUCAACAUCGCUUGUUUUGCUAGCUUGAUAACGCUAGCUCAUGAAACCAGUCGAGAUGUGGGGCCGAAACGAUUUCGAGGUCGGAUUUGAUGCUUAUAAAACAGGUUCCAGCACGUCCUCCCCUGGGUGGGUCCCAGGCUGUGAGUCAGCAUGGCAGGGGCCUUCUUCCUCCACCGCCAGCAGCAGCAGUAACCGUGGCCGACGUCACAGCGCCGCCUCCGACAGUGGCGACACCGGCAUAGGCACAUCCUGCUCUGACAGCGUUGAAGAUCACUCCAGCUCCAGCGGCACCCUGUCCUUCCUGCCGCUGCGCUCCACGUGCUACAUCCCCACGGCCCACGUCAUGCCCUCCCCCUCCAGCUCCAAGCUCAGCGGCGGCCUCUCCACCCCCAGCAGCCCCUGGAGCAGCUGCCAGCUGCCCUCGCCCCUCGACGGCCCGCUCGACAUGAAGGACCCCCGGCCGGUGCGCCGCUGGUCCUCCCUGACCCGCCUGAGCGGGCAGGAGCGGUGCUCCCCGAGCUCCCCGCGGCCCUCAUACCGCGCCGACCCCCACGGCUCGCUGGACCGCGGCCUGCUCCACGGCCACAGGCACGACCCCCCGAGCUCGGACGGCCUCUUAUUGCCGGGCACGCGCAAGCUCCAGGAGCCGCGGCCCGACCCACGACGCUCGUCCCCACUCAAGCCCACCACGCUGGACCUGAGCUACAGUGCCUUACCAGAGAGCCGGGCAUCCACGGGGCCAGCGGCGCCCGGCCAGAGGGGCCCGCCCCUGGGGCACCAGGCCGUGGGGGGCUCCCCCAUCCAGCCGGCCGUGCGCACCCAGAUGUGGCUGAGCGAGCAGAUGGAGUACCGGCCUGGGCCGGAGGGAUGCGGCCUCGGCGCCUGGCAACAGGAGCAGCAGCGUGAUAGGCUGCGGCACGACGUUGAGCUCUCGCAGAUCUUGGCCGGAGGUGCCGUCCCCGUCAACACGCUGGUGAAGAUAAAGGAGGGGCUUCUGAGGCAGCGGGAGCUGGAGAUCGACAGGCAAAAGCAACAGAUCCUGCAGCUCCAUGCCAGAAUCAGGGAGAAUGAGCUGAGGGCGCAGCAGGUCCUCCAGAACCAGAGGGGGCGCUGUGAAGACCCCUACCUUCUUAAAUCCCAGGAGUCCCUGUUGGACAGCCCUUUGUCGGGUCCCAGUCCUCAGGCUCUGCCCCCCGAGCGCGGGAGCCCCCUGUGUUGUGAGAACGGCGAGCAGGGCCGGCGCCUGGCAGCGGCCGAGCUGGAGGUCAUCCACCUCAACGAGUUCCUCAAACAGAACACACAAAAAUACACGGAGGACAUCAAGAAGCUGGAGGAGAAGAUGAAGACGCGUGACCGCUACAUCAGCAGCCUGAAGAAGAAGGUACAGAGAGAGCAGGAGCAGAGCCAGGAGAAACAGCAGCGCAUCGAGACUCUGGAGAAGUACUUGGCAGACCUGCCCUCCCUGGACGAGGUGCACACUCAGGCCCAGCAGCUGGAGGAGGUCCAGGCUAAGGCUCAGGCUCUCCAGGACACCGUGGCCCAGCUAGAGCAGAGCAUAAAAGAGAACCAUGCCCAGCUACAGGAGAAGGACGCCAUCAUCGAGAGCCAGGCCCAGAGAGAGAAGGAACUGGUGGCUACUGUGCAGAGCCUGCAGGAGAAGGUGGAGAAGUGUCUGGAGGACGGCGUGCGGCUGCCCAUGCUGGACCUGAAGCACCUGGAGAGGCAGAACGCUCGGCUGCAGGAGGAGCAGAGCCACAGCCGCACGCUGAUUGACAGCCAGAAGCAGCAGAUUGACACGCUCUCCCUGGAGCUGACGGCACUGGAGAAGAGACUGCAGAAGGAGAAGGCGCUCACGCAGGAGCUCUGCAGGCAGCUCUCGGAGAAAGAGAAGGAACUGGAGACCCACUGUAAGAUCGUCAGCCAGAACCAGAGACCAGCAGAAGAGGCUGCGUUGUGGUCAGUGGCAGGGGCCAUGCGGCAGGAGCCGGGGCCUCCGCUGAAGGAGGUGGGGCCUCUGCUGAAGGAGAUGUCCCUAUGUCUGCUGGACCUGAAGGCCCUGUGCAGUGUCCUGACCCAGCGGGCCCAGGGCAAGGAGCCCAACCUGACACUGCUGCUGGGCAUCAGAUCGAUGAGCUGCUCGGGGGAAGAGGGCGACAAGCCGGUGGCGGAGGACGGCCUGCGUGCCAAGCUGGUGGAGGUGUGCCAGCUGAGGAAGGACAUCGACGACCUGCGGACUGCCAUCUCGGACCGCUACGCGCAGGACAUGGGGGAAAACUGUGUGACGCAGUGAUCGCCACUCGGAGGCAGGCCUGAGGCUGCCGCCUGUCUCUCCCUCGCCCCCCCCCGGGUAUCGGCAGGGCUUCCGUUAGCAGCCGGAGAGGCCUGGAGAGUGUACAGCACAGCCGUGCUCUUGCCAACGAAAGGGGGGGGGAAAUAAGAGAAAACUGGGUUGUAGUUGUGCUACAAAAGCAGGGCUCCCACUGACUGCUGAAUGUUGGACUAAGCUGUGAAUUCAGUUUACAAGGAAGUCGUUUUAGCUCUGUUUAAGUGCUCAUCUCCAGUUCUGAUUUUUCAGGAUGGUAUUAGAUCAUGAACUUUUUGUUGAUUUCUUUUGGAGGGAUUAUCUGCUUGCAUUUUAUGUUAUAUAUUUAAGAGGACUAUGGAAUAACCUGCUCCUCCUUACGUUAAGUGCGGAGCGAUGGUCAGCUGCCGGCUCAGUCGGCGGAACCGUAAUCCCGCAUUGCAGCAGGAACUGCAGCAUACAUGUUCGCGUUGACUUCCCCGACCCCUCCAACUGCAGCACAAGCGAGCAGGGUAGGGCGUGUGAAACGGCCAGUGCUGCUCCAUCAAGUGCCUUGUGACAAUGUUCCUGUUUGAGACCUCCUGUGGUACCUCUCUCUGAAGCCCAAGGCCUCUUGGAUCCUCAGUCAGUUUGACCCAAAGGCCACUCCUCCCCUGCGUCAGCUGCCACUGGUCGCAGGUCGACCCCAGAGCGGAUCCCCUUCGCUGACAGCCGGUGGGCUCAGAGGGCUUCUCUUCAGCACGUUGUUUUUUUCCCCCCCUCACAUUACAUCUUGCCUGUGAUCGCAAACGUGUGUGUGCUGUGCACGCACAUGCUUUUUAUUUUAGUAGGACUAUUAAUGAGAUGAACCAAAAGGCUGGAAGAAGGACGAAUAUUUUGCAUGAGAAAAAAAAUGCCCCUUUGGAUUUGGCAAGACGUUGAAUUCGACCGUAAAUGCAGAGGAAUUCAGGUAAAUCAAGGCAGGAGGUCUCCUAGCUUUCAUUCCCAGUGAAAAUCGGGACAUGCUUCCGCAAAACUUCUCAGCGAUUCCCGAUACAGUGAAAACGAUCAGGAACUUCAGUGAAAUAAUGUAAGAUGGAAUAUGUUUUUCUCAUAUAGAGCCAAAGAUGAGAAUUGGUGGGGGAGGGGAAGGAGGAUGUUCUUAAGUUUUGGGUUUGGUUUUUUUUUGUUUUUGUUUUUCUUCCACCUCUAUGAGCUGCUGAACUCACGGGGGGGUGCACAUGGGAGUUUAUGCAAAACAGAAAAUGAAAUAUUAAUAGGUGUUACCCAUAUGUACAAAAACAAUAUUGCAUCAAUGCAAAAUGGUUCUCUCAGGUAUUUGAAGUAGACAGUGUUAAGAUGCCACCAUUAAAGUGGAAUAGCUUUGCUUUUUCAUUUCAAAAGGGAUUUUAGCUUUGAGAGCAGCCUGCUCUCAGCCUCCGGAGCUUUUACUUUUGGCCCUGUAAUGGGAUCAGUUCUGAUUCUCUGUAACACAAGCUCAGAGAUGCGGUCAUGACAACCUAUGCACAAACAUUCGCCAGACAAUGAAUGUCAGAGUUUUUAUUUAUACAUUUAUUCUGCUAAUGUAUCUAGCUAGCAAUAUUACUGCUAUAUUCAGAUUGAUGUGAGUUUUGCAUGUAAUGAGGGCUUGAACUAUGAUAUUUUGCAAGUGUGUACGCCCAGAUAUUCCGUCUGGCCUGACGGCACUCCUGCAGGAACCAAUGAGGUUUCUGCACUCUGGGUUUUGAGAUGGUCUGAUGUACAGGGCUAUGCAACCUCAUAUUUACCAGCAUCCACCAUCGAGUUGAACAGACAUCGUCUUCACCGUGCCUUUACCAAUCUAUGCAGCCCAGUUGAAGUUUUCAAAAUGCCCUGUGUGUGUAUGGCAGGGUUUCUCUGCAAGUGGCAUGACUUGUUUAAGUAACAAACAUUCACCUGCUUAAAAAACAAUGUGUGUGUGAGAGAGAGUGCAUAUAUAAAUAUAAAAAGUUAUACUUGGUGGCAAUAGGGUUAGUUAGAGUCAAGCCAUAGCCACAAAAUGCACAUUUCUCAGGCAAGGGGAGACUGGUAAUCUGAUUAGGAAAGUACUUGCUCCUAUGACACAGCAGCGGGCUGGCUCGUGGGUGUGCUAAA